GGGACCAGGCGAGCGGAGGCCCCGGCACGCAGGUGGGGCAGCGGGGUCCGUGGCCGGAGCUGCAGAGACGAGGCAGUGGCUGCUGGGAGGAGGAGGCCCUCGGUGGUGCCCAUGGCUGGCCAGGACCCCAUGCUGAGCACGAGUCACCCGUUCUACGACGUGGCCAGACAUGGCAUUCUGCAGGUGGCAGGGGACGACCGCUUUGGAAGACGCGUUGUCACGUUCAGCUGCUGCCGGAUGCCGCCUUCCCACGAGCUGGACCACCAGCGGCUGCUGGAGUAUUUGAAGUACAUGCUGGACCAGUAUGUGGAGAAUGAUUAUACCAUCAUCUACUUCCACUACGGGUUGAACAGCCGGAACAAGCCGUCCCUGGGCUGGCUCCAGAGCGCGUACAAGGAGUUCGACAGGAAAUACAAGAAGAACUUGAAGGCCCUCUACGUGGUGCACCCCACCAGCUUCAUCAAGGUCCUGUGGAACCUCUUCAAGCCCCUCAUCAGUCACAAGUUUGGGAAAAAAGUCACCUAUUUCAACAACCUGCGUGAGCUCCGUGAACACCUGAAAUGCGAUCAGCUGAUCGUCCCCCCCGAAGUUCUGCGGUACGAUGAGAAGCUGCAGAGCAUGCACCAGGGCCGGCCGCCACCUUCCGCCAAGACACCGCCGCCGCGGCCCCCGCUGCCCACCCAGCAGUUUGGCGUCAGUCUGCAAUACCUCAAAGACAAAAAUCAAGGCGAACUCAUCCCCCCCGUGCUGAGGUUCACAGUGACGUACCUGAGAGAGAAAGGCCUGCGCACCGAGGGCCUCUUCCGCAGAUCCGCCAGCGUGCAGACCGUCCGCGAGAUUCAGAGGCUCUACAACCACGGGAAGCCCGUGAACUUUGACGACUAUGGGGACAUUCACAUCCCUGCCGUGAUCCUGAAGACCUUCCUUCGAGAGCUGCCCCAGCCACUGCUGACCUUCCAGGCCUACGAGCAGAUUCUUGGGAUCACCUGUGUGGAGAGCAGCCUGCGCGUCACCCGCUGCCGCCAGAUCCUGGGGAGCCUGCCCGAGCACAACUACGUUGUCCUCCGCUACCUCAUGGGCUUCCUGCACACGGUAUCUCAGGAAAGCAUUUUCAACAAAAUGAACAGCUCUAACCUGGCCUGUGUCUUCGGGCUGAAUUUGAUCUGGCCGUCCCAGGGGGCCUCCUCCCUGAGUGCGCUCGUGCCCCUGAACCUGUUCACUGAACUGCUGAUUGAGUACUAUGAAAACAUCUUCAGUGUGCCAGAGGCACCUGGGGGGCAUGGACUGGCACCAAGGGGGCAGGGGGGCAGGGCCGCCCCUUUGCAGGAGGCUGUGCUGCAGACACAAGCCACGGCCCUCACCAAGCCUUCCCUAUCUCCAAGUGCCCUGAUAGCAGCCAGAAGACACUUGUAGUGUUGCAAACACUCUUUAUAGACCCAGCUACCUCCCACACCUGUCUGUGCACUUGUGUGUUUUAUAAACUUGCCAUCUGAGGCAUUAGAUGAACUCAGAACCUUGGAAUUAAAAUUCUAUGCUUCCGGCCCUUGGACUCUUCUCUGUGGUGCCUGAGCUAGGGAUGGAA